UUUUUUUCUGUUUCUUUUUCGCAUAAAUAAAUACACAAGUAUAUUCCUUAGUCCUUAGUUAUUAUUAUUCUUAUUAAAUAUGUCUAAUAACAUUUCUCCAGUCACUAUUACAAAUAGUCUUUCUCAUUCCAUUGAUAACACAACUAACAGUCUGAGUAGGAAUCAUCCAUUAACUAAAAAAGAAAAUAAUAUCGAUCAGAAAAGACAAUCGAUUCGAGCUAAAGUCUUGAUGACUAAGAAGGGAAAUAAGAGAAUUAUCUUAUCCAAGUCAGCAAUAGCUAUAAACAAAAGAGAAUUAUAUAAGCCUAUAACUAAAGCUCAUGGCAAGAAAAGGAUAUUUAUGUCAGUCCCAAGCCAUAUUUAUAACCAUUGUUUAUUAUCAGAAAAGACGCCAACAGUUGCUGCUAAUUCAAAGUCAAGAUACAGUUUUCCUUUUACUCAUACUGUUGACAAGGAUACCAAGAGAAACAGCAAUUCUAAAAUGGACUCUCCUAUUUCCAUUCAUGAUGGCUCUGUUAGUACUGCUCUGACUGUCCCUAAUUCGCCCUUAUUCAAUGUUGCCAACAGUCGUACUAGCAAUGGAUUCCUUUUUCUCGGUACAGAAAUGGACUUUUCUAUCAUUACUGAUGUUCAAGAGGAACUUCUUUCACCUACUCGUACUUGGUUUGAUGAACAAGUGUUAUUCACUGGAGGCUUACCAUCGCCAGAGGCAAGUUUUAAUAAUCUCUGGGAUUAGGAAGUUAUUGCUUAAUAAAUAUCCAUGUAUAAUUGUUAUCAAAACAUGUACAUGUAUAUUGUUAUUUUACCUGCUUAACUAUAACCUUUAACUUGAAAUCAAUUAAAAAUUUUGUGCAUUAUAAAGGGGUUACUUUAUUAUUUAAACAUAUACUUGAAGAAAAG